AUGUCGAGCUCAUUCCUGCUGCGGACAGGAGCGCGCUCCUCGGCAUGUCGAAUGAGUGUUCAAUCCACUCGAAUUACCAGAAACCCGUCGCUGGCCGCUCAGACGACGCUUGGUCGAAGAAUGCAGGCUUCCGACACCAAGACACCUCGCGGUGUGCCCGAGUCUCCCAAGACAACUGGGACAGCAGAAUCAGUGGCCACAAUCGAACUGGGGGCCACGGAAAUCUCGGAGCUUUUCCCGCCUGGUUCGCAGCCAGCGGCCUACGAAUGUAGCGGUGCUCCAGUGCAACUUCUUCACCGUGCCGUCAAGAUCUACCAGCCAACACGGAAUACCAUGCAAUCUGGUGGUGCAAAGGGAGAAAAAUGGAGGAUUGAUUGGGAUACGCUUCCCGGUGCUGGACGAUGGGAGAAUCCUCUGAUGGGUUGGGCGAGCAGCGCGGAUUAUAUGCAAGGCACAAGGAUGUCAUUCGACUCUGCGGAAGAUGCCAUCAAAUUUGCCGAGAAACAAGGAUGGGAUUACUAUGUCCAACCGCCGACAGUCAAGAGAAUACCUCCGAAGAACUAUGCGGAGAAUUAUGUCUAUAAGCCCAACAAGCUUAGAAUCGCCAGGACCAAAUAG